AUGUUGGUUCAUUAUGAUCCAUCAGCAGAAAUCCUAGAUUAUGCUACAACAAAAGCUGCCAUUAUUAGUUUUACCAAAGGUUUAGUACGUAAACUUUUAGAGAAAGGUAUUCGAGUUAAUUGUGUUGCAACUCCAUUAGUCAUGCCAUCAUUUCCAAAAAAUGAAAAUGCUACAUUUGCUGAAGGAUGUCCAAUAAAACGACCAACGCAACCAUGUAAAUUAGCAUCAACUGCUGAUUCAUGA